UGUCUGAGAUAGUUCUCCGCUACAGAGCUGCUGACUGUUACUGUGCCUGGUGCAGGUUUACUAAUUCUAUCUACUAACUUUACGCAGUCACAGAGACACUCUGAGAGCUGCCGGACUGAACCAAGGGAAAUACAGCGUCAAGACAACUUUUUAAGGGAAAUUAUGAGAACCGCGGAGCUGUGAUUUUUAUUUCCAGUUGACAGCUGACAAGUCAGGUGGAGAUGGAGAACAAGGCCAUGUAUCUGAGCACAAAUGAAGAGCGAGAGAACACUUCUAUGUAUGAAGAAGCCUAUGAUGGACGCAACCUGUCCAAGCUCAACCUGUGUGAUGAAGUUUCUGGAAUGCGUCGCAGGAAGCAGGACCAGUGCUGCAGUCACCUGAACUCCCUUUCAGCCAUCAAGUACGCAGUUGUUUCCCUCUACAUCUUGGUUCUUCUCACCAUCUUUGGACUCUGCCUGGCAGUCUCUCACUCCCAGGUGUCUUCUCAGCGGCAGGAGGUGCUAAUGGAGAACGUGACCCGGAUGUCGGAGCGCUCUCGGCUGCUCCAGCAAACACUGGGCGAGGCGUCCACUCAGGCCGACCUGCUGGAGAACAUCUGGAAAUUGGAGAACCUCUUCCAGAACCACAGCGACUGGCUGCAGAGGCUGGAGAUCCUCAUCAAGGGCCUGGAGGUGGAGCUGAGGAGCAUGCAGGCUCACUCCCUUCAAUCGGAGGGUUACCUGGUGCAGCUGGACGACAGGUUGUCCAUACUGAGCAGCUCUGCUGGCAGGAACUUGACGGGUUUGAGUGCAGAGGUGGCCCGAACCUCCACAUGGCUCCGUGAUCAUGACCUGCUGCUCAGGGAAACCUCGGGGCAGGUGAGCGGGCUCAGAGAGAAACUAGAUGAGGUCAACUGGACAAUGGGAGCUGUCAAUCACACCUUCAGCAAUGACAUCAGCAUCCACCACUUAAAGAUACAAGACUUGCAGAUCCAGAUCAGCAACAUAACAGAAGACACCAGCAGUUUAUGGGUGACCCACGUCCACACCGAGGCCCAGCUGAGGAACGAGAUGGAGAUCCUGAACACAAUCACAGAAGACCUACGUCUGAAGGACUGGGAGCACUCCAUGGCCCUGAAGAACAUCACAGUAUUAGAAGGACCUCCAGGGCCAAAGGGAGAGAAGGGCGACACUGGACAACUGGGGCCCCCAGGGGCCCCUGGCCUGACUGGCUUGAGAGGAUUUACGGGAGAAAAAGGGAUCCAAGGCCCUCGGGGAAUGAAAGGCUCCAUUGGAAUUGAUGGCGUGCAUGGAGAAAAAGGAGAUGCUGGACCUGCCGGGCCUACAGGUGACCAAGGAGAAAGAGGGUUCAAGGGGGAGAAAGGUGAUCGAGGAGAGCGAGGAGAAAAAACAGUGGAGGAGACCCUGGUGCGGUUGGUGAACGGGUCUGGUCCUCAUGAAGGUCGUGUGGAGGUUUUCCAUGAACGUCGCUGGGGGACAGUGUGUGAUGAUGCCUGGGAUAAAAAGGAUGGAGAUGUGGUGUGUAGGAUGCUGGGAUACCAAGGAGCAAUUGAAAUCCAUAAGACUGGACGCUUCGGACAUGGUACUGGUCUAAUCUGGAUGGAUGAUGUUGCAUGUACAGGGACUGAAGAUAUCAUCCAUCAGUGUAAGUUUUCUGGCUGGGGCAAAACCAACUGUGGCCACGUUGAGGACGCUGGUGUGACCUGCGCCACCUAAACCUUCUGGAUCCCAACGCUGCUGCUCCAGCUGCCGAGCAUCUCCUCAAACACGGCCUUAAACUUCUACCAGGUUCUGCCAUUUGUUCCAGGAGCGCCAUAUCAGCAGUAUGUUGCUUAUUUACCUGCAGAAAAAGAACCACCUUACCUGGCAAACCAUUAUGUUGUGCAUGGACUUAAUAUGCAGCUUAUUUUAGAAGUUCAUGGAUAAACAUGGGACUAUUUCAGCCACAGGAGUGAAUUAUGGGGUAACACUCGCCCUCUUCAUGGUUAUGUUUUUAUUAACUGCACAGUAGGAGCUGGUAUGCAGGAGGAUGAUCACAUAACAAGAUGCUUCAUCAGGCUGACUUUCAGAGCUCAUUUGUCUUCAACAAAGGGCAAAGGUUAGCAUUAAUAGGAAUGGUGUGAAGCUGCUCUCAGAAGCUCUUCUGACCUCCAGUGUUUGGAGGAUGGGCUGAUCAUCUUUCCAGAGCAUCAUUUCCAGUUUCUGAGGAGUUCAAGAGGCACUUAGAGGAACUGAGAAGACUGUGUCACUGAUGAACUGAUUUUUUUCAUUUACAGGCAGCUGCUCUUCACAGUAUUAUGUAGGAAUGGCUUUUGCUCAGCAUACCACAGUGUUGCCUUAUCUAAUAUACCAUUGCCCAUUAGGCAACUCAUUCAUGAUUUGCAGGUCAAAGGAUACCAUAAGGUCUUAAUUAAAACUAGAUUAGAUUUUUACCUGAAUUAGACGUGCCUAAAAGCUCUGUUUACAUUCAUUAUUUCUCACUGGAAUGUGCACCUUGGAGGUCUGACAAACAGGUUUCGUACAUUUCCUUUCCAAAACAUUCAUGUUUACUAUCUUGCGGUCUUCUUUCAUUUAGCUCAAGCUGUACCCGUCUGGCGUGAACAAUGAAGCCAGCAUGGAAAUGCCAAAAACUGCAGUUCCUGUAGUCCACUUGAGACUGGCUCCAAAAUUUACUCAAUCCUUAUCAAUCCCCACAUUAAAAUGUACAAUUUUACAGCAGAAGUAAACAUGUUUACAGCCUGAUAUAAAAAUCACUUUCGGUUAUAAAGCUAAUUUCCCUAUUCAUGACAGCUAUAGGUGGGUAACAAACCCAUUUAAAUGUAUAAAAGCUUAAAGUUAUGCACAAUUAAGGGCAUUGCUACUUUUAGUGACAGGUGGGUGUGGUCUUAGGGCAGUCCAUGGUUCGCCUCAGCUUCACUCACACUCCACCUCUUAGUUUUAGGAUUAGCCAGGAGUUAGGAGGAAUCGGGCAGUGCCAAGAUGGCACCAGCCAGAACCACUACACUGAGCUUCAGAAUUGUUCUUCAGGAAACCUGUGGAUAAAGUCACAAUGUUAUCUUCAAUUACAGUCUAUGACUUAGCUACACUUCUUUGUACAUUACGGUGCCAGCAGACUCCAUCAGAAGUGCUUAUCACAUGGUCAGAUUGUUUCCAAUGUAGCAGUAUGGGGGCUGUCCAACUAUGUCAAAAACAACAGCUUAACAUUGAGACCUAUUUCCUGGUAUUAUUCAUUUAAGAUGAGAGAGGAGCUGAGGCUUGAACAUCUGUCUCGCUUUCUUUUUAUUUGUUUUCUGGACCUUUAUUAUGUGGCUAUGAUGGUCUUCCUGGAGAGACUGCCUAAAAAUGCUGUAUCUCCCCUCUCUGUGAUGUCCCUUUACCUUGGAAUAACUAUACACUCUCUGGAUUUCCAAUGUAGUUGGCAACACAUUAUACAUUCUUAGUUUUUAUUGAGUAUUCCUCCCACCAUAAAGUAAAACCAACUGGCAUGCUUGACUACACAUGAGUGAAGAAAAUAGGAACCUGUAUUUAAAAAAUACAUCAUAGAGUGAUAAGUGGUCAAAACUCUUCAUGUUUACAUUUUAGACAGAGAAUAAUCAGCCAAAUCUGUGGCAGUACAGAGUUAAGUUGAUUUUUCAGCCUUCUGAUCCACAGAAAUGUUACAUUUAGCAGCUAAAGAAUGAGCUCUGAGCCGUUAGGAGUUGGUGGACACCAAAAACAUAACUAAAGUCAGCCAGUGACUUGCAUUCAUCAGUUGUACAGACAUACAACUCCAAAUAGACUCCGUUUCUGUUGAAUGUGGAAAUAGACUGUUUGCUACCAUGUUAGUCAUAACAAGGUCUGUUUUUAAACUGUUGUGGUGGAACUAAUCUACCAGCCAAUAUACAGUACCAUUCAAAAAUUUGGGGUCACUUUGAAAUGUCCUCAUUUUUGAAAGAAAGCAUUUUUUUCAAUGAAGAUGACAUUAAAUGAAUCAGAAAUACAGUCUAGACAUUUUUAAUGUGGUAAAUGACGGUUCUAGCUGGAAACGGCAGCUUUUUAAUGGAAUAUCUCCAUAGGGGGUACAGAGGAACAUUUCCAGCAACCAUCAAUCCUGUGUUCUAAUGCUACAUUGUGUUAGCUAAUGGUGCUGAAAGGCUAAUUGAUUAGUAGAAAAACCUUGUGCAAUUAUGUUAAGUUUUCAUGGAAAACAUGAAAUUUUCUGGGUGACCCCAAACUUUUGAACAGUUUUUUUCAUUUUUAAACAUAUAUGCAUCAUUUAACCUGCAAAUCACCAGGGCUUACUGUGCGCUUUAUAUUUAUAAAAAAAUGUAAAAAGGAAAAAAGUACAACUAACAAAUGUCUGAAAGGGUUAACAGUCACUCCAUCUGACAGAUGAAGCAACUGUGAAGAAGAACAGAUGAGUGUAAACAGAUGGAUACCUGGACUCCUGCCCUGCACAAUUUAUAGCAGUGGGUGGGUCUGUCAGUGUUUGCUGCCAAAAGUUGGGGUUGCCUCAGCAUUAUUACACAAACACACACACAUACACACACACACACACACACACACACACACACACACACACACACACACACACACACACACACACACACACACACACACACACCAAACCAACCGCAAUGGACUGUCCUCAGCAUUUUACAUGGCUCUCAGCGGGAUUUCAUCUUUAUGGCUGCUCUCAAAUCCAGAAAACCUGGUACCUCCCAAGUGUCUUCGCCACUUCUUCUUCUGAACCAAAAGAAGACGUCAAGCUGCAGGUUGGAAUAAAAAUUUAGCCAGGAGCCUUUACCAUGUUUUAUAUUUGAGGAGGGGAAACUUUUUUUAGUGCACCUUAAAAUCUGGCAGACUCACAAACCUCAAAUCAAAAGGCUGAAGUUAAAUUUCUUCUGCUUUUAUACUGUCUAAACUGUCCUCACACUCACUUUUUAUGAAAAUGAAUCUGCACACGAGAUGUGCCUUGAAGAGUUUGUGUCCAGGUCAAAAGAGAGAAAAAAGGAGAUUUUAAUGCUGGUGCAGCCAGAAAUGAGUUUCCCUGCCUGUUGUUAAAGUGUCUUGGUGUUUGCUGAGGUUACUGUUUCAAACCGCAGUUCACCAAAGAAGAAGACAAAUUAGACAGAAAAAGGAAAAAGAAGUGAUAAACACAUUAUGGAGGAAUGGCUAGUGGGUGACAUGUUGCCUUUGUACAUUUCUCGACAAAGGCUGAAUUGAAUAGCUCACUCAGUAGCUUGUCCUCAGCAGAAAUCAUAUAUUCUCUGACUGCAACUGCAUUCUUUGGAUCUGCUAAUUAAUCUGCUGCCAUCAGAUCAUCACACCUGAUGUGCAUCUUCAUAUACCGUCAGGAUUUCUGCAUAUUAGUCUCUAAAAAGAGUCACAUGACAACUCUUUGAGCUGCCAGGAAGCUAGUUUCUUUCAUCUUUAAAAUUUGUUCAAUGUAUGUCUAAUAUUGCUCAGAAACAAAGAAAACUGCUUUAUAACAGCAAUAAUACUUUUUAACUAAUCUUAAUUUUGGCAUUUUUGUAAUAUUUCAUAGAUUAAACAAGAAAAUCAACAGAAAAAGAGAAUAAAUGUUAGUUGUCACCCUAAAAGUCAUACUUAGUGCACCUUCUUAAUAUCAUAUUGAAGACAGGACCAUGCUUUAGUGUAAAAAUACAUCUGCAUUAAUCCCAAAGCAGUGCUAAAAAGACAAACUCCUGGUUAAAAUGCAGUAGAUUUGUUCAUAUUUGCUUGGAUUCUUGUAAGCUAUCAGGCAGCAGAAUAUGUGGAAAUUCUUCUGUCAGCACAGGAGGAGAUGAAACAAAACAUGAUCUGUGAAAUGGGGCAGCUGACAGAAACAGAACUUCUUCACUGAGUGAGUUCACUGAGCGUUUUUUCUGGCUCCACCUUAUACAAGCCCUUCAAAUAAAUCUGAAAACAGAUGAAAGAUGUUUCACUGCCUUGUGGAACUGCCAAACUAUGAUGACGCCUAAAAUCCCACCAAUGUGCAUUUAAGCCAAUAUGCAUUUAACAUACAGUAUUAGCUUCACGAUAUGUGUUAUGGUCUUUUACACUGCCGUUCAAAAGUUUGGGGUCGCUUCGAAAUGUCCUUAUUUUUGUAAGAAAAGCAGUUCUUUUCAAUGAAGAUAACAUUAGAUGAAUCAGAAAUACAGUCUAGACAUUGUUAAUGUGGCAAAUCACUAUUCUAGCUGGAAAUGGCUGAUUUCUAAUGUAAUAUCUACAUGAGGCCCAUUUCCAGCAACCAUCACUCUGUGUUCUAAUGCUACAUUGUGUUAGCUAAUGGUGUUGAAAGGCUAAGUGAUGAUUAGAAAGGUCUUGCGCAAUUAUGUUAGCACAUGAAUAAAAGUGUGAGUUUUCAUGGAAAACUUGAAAUUGUCUGGUUGACCCCAAACUUUUGAAUGGUAGUGUAUGUUCAGUUUUGUAUUUGUUCUGUGAGGGUAUAAAACAAAUGGUCCAUCAGCAAGACUAUAUUUUUCUACAUUUUCCAACACAUUCCUAUGCAGGGCCAAAACUGAGAGUGAACAUGCACACAUUUGUAUAAUAUCUACUCUGUUUUUCUGUGCACUACAAAGGCUGCAGCUGACAGAACAACUGAGUGGCAGCCAGGCCUUUGUGUUCAGUCCUGAUGUCUCUCAUUUAUUUAUCUUGUAGAGGCUUUCAGCGCUUUGACUGCAGAGUUAUUACUUCCUUUGUACAACAACAGCCAAACAUAACACUCUGGGCUGCAUCGGUGUAUUUUCACUCUGCUUAUUUGUCAUCUCCUUUAAAAAACAAGAAUAAAUGUUUUAACUAGAAAAGCAAACAAAAUAUUACAAGUUGAAAGACUUUCCCAGCAAAUAGUUUUGUACUUGCACAGAUGUUGAGACAAUUGUGUAUUCUGUUGUUUUAUAUCAAAAAUGCAGGGUGUUGAUAGCAACCAAGUGGCAGUUUUCCUAGCUUUUGUUUCCAACUCAAAUCCAAGUUAAAUUUGGUGCCAUUUUUUUUCUAACUUAACAGAGGCAACUCGAAAUGUAAUGAAGGCUCAGAUUCUGAUAUUUUUUUUAUGACCUGAGUGCAACAUUUACUUGAAGAAUAGCAUGUGAUUGGACUGGAUUGAUCUAAAUUCUUUCUAUGGUUUUCUCUGUAUUUUCCAGCAGAUUGACCUUUCUUUGAUAUUUCUCACUAGGAGAGCAGUUGUGCCUUACUGGAGUCAGGUAUUUUAAAGUUUACUGAUACAGAUACUAGUACUGGGUGAAGUACUGUGGUCAUACUCAUAUCUGUAAAACUUCUUUCAUAACACUUAACCCAUCCAUUUUACAGCAGCAUUAUUUUAACAUCACAUUGAUUGAGCAGGUAGGCAAAGGAGGAGAAAUGUUGGAGGUUUGGAGACAUUUUAAGAUAAAAGCACAACAGACUGCAAGUUCUGAUCAGCAGGAGAAGAGAAAAACGCUGUUUUAAAGUACCAGUGUGUAGGAUUUAGAGGAUGUAUUCGCAAAGAUGUAAUGUCACAUUCACACCUACGGACAAUUUAGAGUUACCAAUUAACCUCAGCAUGUUUUUGGACUGUGGGAGGAAGCCGGAGAACCCGGGGAAAACCCACACAUGCACAGGGAGAACAUGCAAACUCCAUGCAGAAAGAUCCCAGCAAGGCCAGGAUGCAAACUGGGGAUCUUCUAGCUGCAAGGCGAAAGUGCUAACCACCAAGCCACUGUGCAGCCCCAAAGAUGCAAUACAAUAUUCAUAAUUAUCUUUUCACUUGUGUAUUAUCACCUGUAACAAUAAAAAGUUUUUUGUUAUCUUAGACUGAGCCUUUCGUAUCCACAGAGUAGGCCUCUUCAACGGAGUCCGCUAUGUUGUGUCACCGUGUUUCUAUAGCCGCCGAGAAGGAACAAACCAAAUACUGACUCAAGAGAGCCUUUUGCAUUCCUAACAUUGAAGUGACAGACACCUUAGGUCCUCCUACACACUUGGAAAGAGAGGGGUUGAAUGAGAGGUAUUCAGUUCACCCAUGUCAAAUGUUAUCAGGGUACAUUUAUCCCAUACAUGUGGGCCAGUAGGAACCUCCUCCAUCUUCUAGUAGGCUCAGUAGGCAUGUUAUCAUCCAUCAUGAUCACUGAUAAACAGAAAGUAACCCUGUAUGCUCAUGUGAAUUGGUGGAGCUGUGUAACAUCUGGUAUGCAUAGGGUGUAUUUUCAGCCUGCCAGAAAUCUAAUAGAAUAGAAUUAGGGCUGGGAUUUUAACACGUUAAUUUCAGUUAAUCAAUUACAACAGAAAUAAUGUUAGUUAAUGCAUUUAAUCGCACCUUUCUCAGUUCCCUCAUUUCUGGCACACCAGUAACACUGAUGAACACUCCAGCCCAGUAGGUGGCAGUAAUGAACCUAAAUUCUGUUUGCCAGCUGCGAUGAAGAAGCACAGGAAGCACUGAGUGAAGUCAGGCACUGGUGAACAGUGGAGGAAGACGAGAUUGAGCUUGUUGGGCAGAAAGUUUUCUUGUAAAAAUCUUCCUGAUGGCAGCUUGGAUAAAAGCCUGGUUGUGUGCAAAUUGUACAACAAAGAGUUUUCUGAUCACUGCAUGACUUCAAGCCAACAUUAUCACCUCAAUGUAAAACAUGUUGCUGUUUAGCACCAGAGCUAACGUUAGCUAUGACAGUCCUGCUAACGGCUAAUGGUGUAGCCAUCCCAUAAUAGACCACUUUUCAAGACAGUGCUUGAGUUUACAAAAAGUCUUAAAAUGUUGACUUGCUAUAAUUGCAUUUUGAGUUUGCAGUAAUCUGUGAAUGUAGGAGACAGAUGAAAAAUGCAGAUAAAUAGAAAUGAAACAAAUAUUUUUGUUGUUUAAGUAAUGACACUGCCGAGGCUCUGCCUCCUUGGAGGAGGAGUAACUUAAACAACAAAAAUAUUUGUCUUUUAAUAACGUAAUUAUAAACUUUUUGUUUAAAAAAAUUACACAAAUAAAAAUUUAUAUUCCUAAAAAAAAGAACCAUCAAAAUGUCACCAUUCAUCAGAUCCAGAAAAGAUGAAAACAGAAUGAAUCUGUGGAUUUUCAACUUUCUAAAGCUCCUUGAACUCCUUAUGCUGACGUUAUGUGCCAUACAGUGGAAAAAACAACUAAAUCCAUGCUUUAACUCAUCCAGAUCACUUUUUCUCUAUGUCCCAUUUAAAUUUUUUUUAUAAAUUUUAAAUUAUAAACAUGUAUAUGUCUAUUCAUUGGUUCAACUGUCAACCACAAUUUUAUUUAAAUUGAAAAACUUCACUUAUGGUGUCAAAUAUUGCUAUUUGACAAAAGUGCAAUUAAUUGCUAUUAAUUAAUUACAAAGCCUGUAAUUAAUUAGAUUAUUUUUUAAAUCGCGUCCCACCACUAAAUAGAAUAGAAUAGAUCUUUAUUGUCACUGUUACAGAAAACAAUGAAAAUUGGUAGUAAAUGGUAAAUGGUAGUUUGGUCCCUAAACUUAAUCAAACACUAAUUGACUGAUGACUGAAAAACAGGAUGUAAUUGCAAAAGUCAAAAUGAACCUUCAGUUCAACAAAUUAAACUAUUAUUAUGAUUGAAGACAACACUCAAACUUCAGUUGCCUGGAAGAAAGUCUACAGAUUUAUACCUUCUUCAUCUCUUCCAGCCUCUAAAUGUGGACUUUUGUUCCUCUUUGUAAGUGCUAAAUUAGAAAAGAUAAUGGCAUUCUGAAUCUACUAGAGGGUGGGGUGAUGUCUCUACCUGCCUACAUGUAUGGGAAUGAUGUGUGAUGAUCAUGCCUAUUACACGGUAUGAUAACAUCCAAAUUGUGUGUUUAGUUAGCGGCAGUGUACAACCUUCCCGCUUGACACCACUAAGUCCUACAUUCUGGUCAUGUAACACAAGCAUUUUUACAAAAUAUCACAAGUCCUAGCACACUUUCAAGGAGUUUGCAAAUGCUAGCAGCAGGACAGAGGAACCACCAGCUUUGCAGCAAACACUGGAAAAAUAUGAGAAAAUGUUCAGAGAGACAGGCAGUAAACGUAACAAGACUCUUACCUGUUGCAUGGCUUUUAAGAAUAACACAGGAUUGUCUGAUUGGGGGUACAUGAUGUUGAGAAAAGGCACAUUAACUUGGCUUUCAACUUCACUACUUACAUUCAGGCCAGCAGUGUGUUUCCAAUGUCUCUCACCUCCCUACAGAGGAAUGAUGUGAAAUUUACUACUCAGCAAGUCGUACUGCAAGAAGUUUUCACCAUGCACUCAGUCACUGCACUUUUGUGGUGACUGUAGUUUUUAUCAUAGAACACAUAUAAAGCAAAUAGACUUGUAAAAGGACUUGUAUUUGAUCCGAAAAAGUGGGAUCAGUGCAUAUCUCGCUGGUUCAAACGGUUAGUCAGGCCAGUUUGUUUGAAUGCAAAGCUUAUGUAGAGAGGAGUGGCAAUCCUUUACAGUUUUCUUUUUUUAAAAGUUGAAAGCACAGAAGACAGGUUUGUUACACUUUUCUGGAAAAGACUAAAAGCAAAAUGAUUAAAGUAAAAAGUUGCAAAAAUCAGAAAGGGAAUUAAAGUUGCCUCAGAGGAAUCUAAUCUGCUGGUAAAUACAGAGAGAUCUGGAGACAGCUAGAAGUAAAAUGAAUGCAGAGUAAUUACAUGUCCAAAGCAUAUGGUCCAAAAUAUGCAUCCGGCAGAAAUGUGCAAAACCGUUGUCGCCUCCAGUUGAGCCUUUUAUCAUGGGUAAAUUUAUGCUGAUUGAUGAUGCUUCCCAGUUGAGUUGCAGCCUAUCAGAUAUCACAGAUGUGAUGUGAUUUCCUGAUUGGUUAGAGACACCUCUGACCUAAGAUCAGAGCUUCAGCCUCAUGGGGUCUCAUAACUCAAAUACUUUGACUUUUAAAAUGUAAAGAACCCUCAUGCCAAACCUUUGAAAGUGAGAACGCAUUGCAAAUCAUGUGCACUUAACCACUUAAAUGUGUCUUUGUUUUCUGGUCAAGUUUUUAAAGUGUUUUUAAUGUAUUUGUUGUACAAAGACAUUGCUACAUUGGGAUGAAGGCUCUAAGCACUUCUGUGUAUACAUGUUUCUGUUUUUUACUAUGUAAUGCUGCUCAUAACACAUAUAAGGGCUGUGGAGUUAACAAGAUGCAUAUGAAAUUAACUCCAACGUGAUUAAAGAUACUUGAUACAAUACUUCA